UCCCGGAACCACGGGAAACUACUGUCGCCUGCCCCACACAGCAGCUAGCAGUACCGGCUGCAGACUCACAGGGAAACAUGGGAGCAUCUCAGAGCGUCGACAUACCAGGUGGAGGAUCUGAAGGCUACCACGUCCUCAGAGUGCAAGAGAACUCCCCAGGUCACCGUGCAGGACUGGAGCCAUUCUUUGAUUUCCUAAUUUCUGUCUGUGACACUCGCUUGAACAAAGACAAUGACAACCUCAAAGAGCUGCUGAAGCUGAAUGUGGAGAGGCCCAUCAAGAUGCAGGUGUACAGCAGCAAGACGCUGGACGUGAGGGAGAUCACGGUGACGCCCAGCAACAUGUGGGGAGGCCAGGGCCUCCUGGGGGUCAGCAUCCGCUUCUGCAGCUUCGAAGGAGCCAAUGAAAACGUUUGGCACGUCCUGGAAGUAGAGCCAAACUCUCCUGCGGCCCUGGCUGGUUUGAGACCCCACACUGACUACAUCAUAGGAGCUGAUACGGUGAUGAACGAGAGCGAGGAUCUGUUCUCCCUCAUUGAGACCCAUGACGGGAAGGGGCUGAAGCUGUAUGUGUACAACAUCGACACAGACAACUGCCGAGAGGUGGUCAUCACCCCCAACUGUGCCUGGGGAGGAGAGGGCAGUCUAGGGUGUGGGAUUGGUUAUGGCUACCUGCACAGGAUACCCACGCUGCCAUUUGCAGAGGGCAGGAAGAUCAGUUUCCCUGCACACACUCCAGACCCCCCACUUAAAGAUGGCUUUACAGAGGUCCAUCUCACUGCUGUGACUUCCACGACUCCCAUCGUUCCUUCUGCUGUGCCUUCUUCUGCCUCGACUGGACUGGAGCAGAGUCUGGCCGGCCUGUCAGUCAGCUCAAACCCAUCUACUGUCCUUAGUGCUCUACAGACAGGAGCUCCCACUGUCCCCGUGCUCCCCACCCAGUUCCCCACCCAGCUCCCCUCGUCACAGAGCAUUCCAGUAACCGGAAAUCCAGCUACCACGCUACCAGGUUUAAUGCCCUUACCUGGAGGUCUUCCACCCCUUCCUAACUUACCAAACCUAAAUAUCAACCUGUCAGGCUUGGGCCAGGUACCGCUACCGGGCACCGGUGGAUUACAAGGAGGUCUCCCACCACUGGCUCCUCUUCCUCCCCUGAACCUUCCCGGUGUCAUCCCUGGUGUCACUCUGCCUCCAUCUGACUUUGUCCUUCCUCCCAUCCCAACAAACAUUGCAGCCCCUGCUGUCAUACAGGACACCAUAUCUCCCUCUUCUACUAUCCCAAUUGAGAGUUCACUGACCAAAACCCCUGUCCCAUCAUCAGUGGCCACCUCUGAAUCAAGUCAUGUCACAGUGUCUUUAGAGUCGUCCUAGCACAGAGCAUCUCUGGACAGGCUGCUCUCACAUCCUCACAUUAACAGCCGGUUUAUUAGCUACACCGCCCUUCUAAGUGCAAGUCCCAACACACUGCAGAAUGAUUACUGCACUGGAUCUCAGACGGGACAGCACUGCUGGUCUUAUUGCACAAUAUAGCACCCAUGGUUUACUGGAAACGGUUUGUCAAAACAGCAUCAAGUCAGUAACCGUGGGUCAGAACAACAUUAAGACUUCACAUCUCAAUCAUUCUCAUAGAGAGCAGACAAACACUAUGGUGUGCUCGGUAAAAUGGCUACAAACUGUAAAUUACUCAGUAAUUAGGUCACCGUGUUAACUAUCAGUACAUCUGGAAUCACUUAUGUAUGAAAGCCCAUUUUCUUUGCCUCUAAUGUAUAGUGGGGUCAAACCGGAGGGGUUCAGCACAAGACAGGGCAGUUCUAGUAAAGCAGUUUGUGUGUGCUGCAGCACUAUAGCCUGAGAAUCUCCUGAAUUGUCUUUUGAUGUUCAAAAAUAAGUUUGUAAAGUAAAACACUCUUGUCUUGAUUAAACUGAUGUAUUUUCUCUA